AUGUUCGGGUGCAGCAGGGAGCCUGCCGGAGCGCCCCUCAGGUGGGAGCGCUGCCGGGGCAGCAUGCGGAGCCCCGGGCUCAUCGCCCUGCUCUCCGCCCUGGCGCUGGCUGCGGGAUCUGCCGGCACUGACUCUGGAAAUGAUGGAUCAGGAGAUGGAUUGAUGAUAUCACCCACUUUUACAGCAACACAUCUUCCUGCUACGGGUCCUUCAACCGUGGAUGACCAUGAGCCAGUACUUGUAACUGCAAGCACUACUGAAAGCAGCUUUGAAACACAGAGUUCUCCAAGUACUGAACUGAAUGCUGUGAAUGAUGAGGACAGUCUAGAAGCGGCAGAACAGUCUAUCUUGAUAUAUAUUGUCCCUGUGGCGCUGCUGGUCCUGCUGAUUUUGUUGAUCACAUUUUUUGUAAUGCAUCAUAAAAGGAAAAAGUCCAAGCAAGAUGAGCUGGGGAGCGAAAAUGUAAAAAGUCCUAUUUUUGAAGAAGACACACCCUCUGUUAUGGAGAUAGAAAUGGAAGAACUUGAUAAAUGGAUGAACAGCAUGAAUAAAAAUGGUGACUGUGAAUGUUUGCCUACUGUAAGAGAAGAAGAAAAAGAAUCAAUUGCCAACCCAAGUGAUGGUGAAUCAUGAAGUCCUCAGGACAGCAGAGAACUGGCUAAAGGGAUGCAACACACAAGCUCAUCAGUCCCAGAUAUUGGAAGAACUGGAUUUAAAUAGAAUUCAUCUCAAAAGUCUAGAGAAGAAAAUGCUUUUGUUGCGUCCUGCUUUGUAUCGUCUUCAGAAAGGAAACAUCACCAAGAGGAAAAAAAAAAAAAAAAAAAAGAAUAAAAGUAAAGCACCGUAGCAAGAUUAAGGACUGAUUUAAAUUCUUUUUGCAAUGAGAUUCACCAAAUCAAGAGAAACCUCUUAUUUACCCCUGCUAAAAUUUCUCAAACCAGUCCAUGUUUCUAUUUAGUUCUGCAGUUGUGUGUUGUGCAGCACUUAAAACCAAUUCUGUUCCAGGUUUGGUGGGUUUCUUUGUUUUGGUUUGGUUUUGAGGGUGUUUGUUUCAGUGUCCGUAAUUCUGGAGUGCCCUGGUUCCGUGGAUAUGAAGCUCAUGCCUAUGCAAUGUUUAUUUCUCAAUUUGCUUUUUCGGAACAGUGCACUCACUGAUUUGCACAGGUCUGCUGUUAGGGAGGUACCAGGCUAGGACUGACAGACCAGCUCUGAGGACAGACAGCAGCUGAAAAUGCUCUCAGAGGAACAGCCACAAGUGACUGCAGCCCAGCGAGGGCACAGACUCUGUAGAGUGCUUUUUGGUUUUCAGAUUAAAGGCACUGUAGAAGUGAAAAGUAUUAUUUGGAGACUGCCUUUCAGUUUGUUAUCUCCACAGAUGAGUGCCCUGGGCUAGCUCUCCCCAUGUAACUCUUCUCCCUGCCCAGGGCUGUUCUCUAACCACUUACUUCAGGAAUAUUCAACUUUAAACCAUUUAUUAAAACAAACAAACAAACAAACAAACAACAAACAAAAAAACCACCAAAAAAACCAAAAAACCCCCCCAAAAACACAGUGAGGUUGAAAAUUUGAACAAUUCAGUACUCACAUUAUCACAUUAAACACAGAUUUAAAUAAGUAUGUGUUAUGCAUAACCACUUGGUCAAAGUUUUCAGAUGCAGGAGGUUUCCUGCUGCUUCUGUUUUUAAAUACUGAGCCUUCAGUAUCUGAAAGAGGAAGUGUGCCCAGUCACCUUUUACUUACAAUGAAAAAAAAAAUCAGACUCCUGGGAUACUUCAAGGUGGGAAUAUGAAUGUUUUAACUGUGUCCAUUGAUUUUAGAUACCAUGUCUCUUAAGGAUGUAGCUUAAAUAUGUAACACACACAAAAGUGGAUCCUUGCCUGGGCAAAUCCUCUCUUGCCUUAUUUAAAAUAGCAGAUUCAUAUCCUACAGUAUCUUUUACCCUACCUAUCCUCAUAUUCUAUUUAAAUAUGUAAUGCCUUCCCACUCAAUACAUGUUUAAUAUGACCAGUUUUGUUUUGCCUGCAAAUAAUUCACUAAUAAGUUACCAUGCAUAGCUUGAUUCAAGAGAGAAACAAAUGCCUCAAGCCUCUGUGAUUUCUAACAGCUGACAAAUACAGAGGAUGGUUCAGCUUUGUGAAUAAUUAAAGACAUGUAAAAAUACAGAAGGAAAAAA